AUUCAUAUCUCUAGAUUCGAAAUCCAUACAUAGCGAAAAAAAAAAAAAGAAGAAAGGGGCAUGAAGUUCAUAUCCAAUCUCUUACAGAGAACUUUUACCUCAAUGAUCAGUUUAACAAGAUUAAUCAAUAGUUAAUAGAAAAUGCCAAAUAAUGAAAUCAAAACGCCUGUCCUCUUGAGGAAUGCAGAGAAAGGGUCUAUUAGUUUCCAAAGUCAUCUCUUUAGUUUGGCGAAGGGUCAUCAGAAUUGAGCAUCCAUUGAUGAGAAGAAUGGAUGGAACUGCCACGUGGCACCUUUUGCUUCCGGAAAAGUUGUAUUCGCCUUUUCCAUUAGAAAAAGAUAAUAUAUUGAUCUACAAAAAGCUAGUAGGGAUCAAACUUGUUCAAGUCCAAAAUAAUUUUUUGGAGUGGGUUUCAAGAAUUAUUCUCAGACUUACUUGGCUGAUGGCUCCCUUAAUCUUAAAAUACAAGACUCUGGCCCUUCUUUUGAUUAACUUUUUCAUGUAUAUAUAAUCCUUCAAUGGAGCCAACUAGUAGAACAAGUAGUUCAGCCAUCUGAAAUAAAACACUACGGAAUUAAAUAUGUCAACUUCUUCAACACCCAUCCAAGUCUCCCAAGAGUUACUCGAAAACUUUCAUCCAAGAAAAUUUCUCCCACAUUCCUCUCUUUAUCCAACAGAAUCCCCAGCAAUUUCCCCAGCUCAAGAAAACAGUUAUACCUUGAUCAAUAACAACUUCCAUACAAAUGUAAUCAUUGUGCUCUCAGUCCUCAUAUGCAGCGUGAUUUCUUCUUUGGGGUUGUUUUUAAUUGUCAAGUGUUCUGCUGAAUCUGAUGCGAACCCUUCAGCUAAGUUAUCUAAUGCAGGAGUUGCGCAGAAAGCCUUAAAGGCCUUCCCAACCGUAAAAUACACAACCGAGUUGAAACUGCCUGGCUUGGACAAAGCUUGUGUUAUAUGCUUGUCGGAAUUUGCUGCUGGGGAACGUCUGCGGAUUUUGCCGAAGUGCAACCACGGAUUUCAUGUUUGUUGUAUCGAUCAGUGGCUUAGUUCACAUUCUUCAUGCCCUACAUGCAGGCACUGCCUGACUAAAACACAGCAGAAAACGGUUAACUGCAGCCAGGCAGACUCAUUGGAACAGUCUCUCCCGUUGCAGGAAAGCACAUAGCAGAGAACUAAAAAAAUUGUGAAUAUUUAAGGUA